CCCAGCAGUGCCACCUGUCCAUCAAUACCAGCUGUCAGUGCUCAUCAAUGCCACCUGUCAGUGCCCAUCAGUGCCACAUCAAUGCCACAUAUCAGUGCCUACCAGUGAACAUCAAUGCCACAUAUCUGUGCCCAUCUGAGCUGCCUUUCAGUGCCACCUAUCAAUGCCAGUGAGUGCCGCCUAUCAGUGCCAUCAGUGCCCCCUCAUCAGUGCCCAUCACUACAGCCUCAUUAGCGCACAUCAGUGAAGGAAAAAAAUCACUUAUUUGCAAAAUUUUAUAA